AUGACACUUCCAGUGGCAACGUAUAGAUCACCAUUAGGAACUACUACACUCAUACCUCAACCACCAUCUAACAUAUCAUCUUAUAAUAUCCUAUUUGGAUAUAUCAAUGAUGAUGACAAAACAUUACAGGAAACAUCUUUCUUUGACAAUGCAAAUGAACUAGAGGUAGAAAAUGUUCAACAAUUAGUAGCCUCAACAUUAUUCAGUAAUCAAUUGUCAAGGCCAUCAAAUUUAAGGGUAACAACUCCAUCAGUAAGAAAUACAAAUAGUGAAUCAUCAUUGGAAAAUCCUUACAAUUUUCUCAAGCAACUUAAUAUACAACCAGUAAAUAACCGUUGGCUUGAAAGUAACUCAAGUAAUAGAGGAAAUAAUACAAUAGGACAUCAAAAUGUAACUACCAAAGGAACCCCACAGUCAAUAACACCAAUACUUACACCUCAACUAGCUAUAAUACCAGUAGGAGGAAAUAAUGACAAUGCUUACCUCCAAGUCAUACAAGGGCUAGCAGAAUAG